AUGACCCAGCGACCGCCGCCGCAGCAGUCAAAGGCGUCCCGACUUCCAUCUGUCGCCGCCGCCAUGCUCCCGCAAAAACCGCCUCGACUGCGCCGCCGCCGCGCUUCUCCUUCACUCCCCUGCCCUCAAUCGUCCAUUCUUCUCUCCCUCCACCACUACCUAACGCUGCUCCUCCUCUCUCUGACUGUCUUCUCCUUCCUAACUCCCUCUCUCGGGCGCCACGUCAUCGUGGGUCAACGGCAUAUAGACGGCUUCAACUACCCGUGGAAUCCUGUCGUGAACUAUACUCAAUGGGCGGCUACCUUCCCUGUCAUUGCAGGCGAUACCCUGGUGUUUCAAUACGAGUCAGGCGAAGAAGUUGUGUACGAAGUUCCGUCGCAGGGCGACUUAGACGACUGUCGCCUGGACGAUGCGCGGUUGCUGUGCGACUCACUGGACGGCGAGGGCGGCAGGAGCAGCGACCGAGGUGGACACGUGAGGGGAUGUCGCGUGCUCGUCGAGUCACGUACGCUUUACUUAACGUCAAAGGUUGAUCACUGCCGCGCGGGACAAAGGGUCGUGAUACGACCACGAGAAAGUGUUUUCAAAUACCCAGCGUUCCAGGAAGAGGUGGUUCAGUUUUCAACUUUGGCAGACUUCAAAUCGUGCAACUUCCGCGCGGCCAAAAUCAUUUGCUACGACUCGUGGGGCGCGGGCGCAAACGGGUGCGCCAUCCGGGUGACCGCCGUGCCGGGCAUGUACGCGUCGGGGCUGUACGGCCACUGCAAGGCGGGGCAGAAGCUCGUGGUGAAGGCUUCCGCGCGCCCGUAUUCUCCGCGCACGCUCGUGGUGGGGUACAUGUCGGAACAGUUCGCGUGGCAGUGGAAUCCCGAGGCGCAGCUGGUGAAGUGGGCGAACGCGAAUAAGGUUUACGUGGGCGACACGCUGGUGUUCAAGUAUCCGCCUUACAAGGAUGAGGUGUACAUUGUACCAACACUGAGGGACUAUAACAACUGCGUCUACACCAAUUACGUAUCGUACUGUAACGGCACGGACGGAGGCGGGCAGGGAUGCUUUACCAACCCCAUCACCAGCACCACCUACUUCGUAUCCGGCCUCUACAGCCACUGCAAGGCUGCUAACCAGAAGAUCAUUAUCACUCCUUUGAAGCCGCCGUCGUGA